GCCCGCGCCUCCUGGCGUCUCUAUGGUCUCCCUGCGCCUACCUCUUCUCUCUCUUCCUUCACGGAGACGGAAAAUGGCUGCCGAGCGGCGGUGGUAGAGGCGGGCCGGAGACGUCGCCUGGAGGGGAAUUGAUAUUUGAGUGCCUACUAAGAACUGUAAAUUCCUUCCUUACUGACAUAUAGGACUGCCAGGUAAACCAGUAGAGGACAAUGGGUCGCUCUAAUACUAGAUCACAUUCUUCACGAUCAAAGUCCAGAUCUCAGUCCAGUUCAAGGUCAAGGUCAAGAUCACAUUCUAGAAAAAAGAGAUACAGUUCCAGGUCUCGAUCUAGAACAUAUUCACGCUCUCGCAGUAGAGAUCGCAUGUACAACAGAGAUUAUCGCAGAGAUUACAGGAAUAACAGAGGGAUGAGACGCCCCUAUGGCUACAGAGGAAGAGGCAGAGGAUAUUACCCAGGAGGUGGUGGUAGAUAUCAUCGUGGAGGCUACAGACCCUGCUCUUGGAACAGAAGGCACUUCCCGGAAAGUCCUAGGCACGGGCCAAGCUCUCGCCGCUCUAGAAGUCCUGCGUUUAAGAUCAGUCUCUUCCCCAGAGGUCUCGCGCAGCAGAUCUGCGGCCGCGAUCCUACCGAUCUUCUUAGAUCUCCAAGGUCCUUCUUUCUUAUCUCGCCUCGCCUUUCUCCGGUCGACAUUGCAAAUCACCUGCCUCUUCCAUAAAGGCGCUGGCGAAUUCGCCAGAAAAAGCAAGCCAAGAAAGGCCGUUUAACGGGAGCUGCUUUGCAGGACAGCCCGUUAAAAAAUAAAUCCCAAGAGGAAGAUAAAGGGGCGUUCGAACACGACCCAUCUGAGCCCAUGGAUGACUUCAAUAAAUCAGCAGCCACUUCAGGUGAUAUCUGGCCCGGACUUUCAGCCUAUGAUAACAGUCCUCGGUCUCUCCACAGUCAUUCUGUUGCUUCCCCACCUAGUCAGAGCUCUUCAGGCUCUGAUGCUCACUUGCUCAGCACGGUUCACUCAGCAAAAGACACGCCUCAGCAUUCACAUUCCAUUCAACACAGCCCCGGGAGGUCCGGGUCGGGUUCUCUGGGAAACGGGUCCAGUCGCUACAGCCCUUCCCAGAACAGCCCGCUUCAUCACAUUCCUACAAGAAGAAGUCCUGCCAAAGCAACCGCGUCGCAGAACGCUCCACGCGAGGAGGCUCGCAUGCGCUCCUUUUAUCCAGAGGCUGGGGAGCAGGAAAGCGCAAAGGGUGGGAAAUUCCUGAAAAGGUUCACAGAUGAAGACUCUAGAGUAUACCUGCUUGAUAGAGGUAAUGCUAGGGAGAAAGAUACGCAAAAGGAGAGAGGAUCAGAAAAAGGCAGGACAGAGGGAGAAUGGGAAGAUCAGGAAGCUUUGGAAUAUUAUAUGGAUAAAGAGUCUGGGAAACAAAAAUUUAAUGAUUCUGAAGGGGAUGACACUGAGGAGACAGAAGAUUAUAGACAGUUCAGGAAGUCUGUUCUGGCAGAUCAGGGUAAGAGCUUUGCUGCAUCUCACCGGAAUACUGAGGAGGAAGGAUCCAAGUACAAAUCUAAAAUCUCUAUGAAGACAAGUAGAGAGAGUGAAAGUUUUAGAGAAGACAAAAGUUACAAGCUUAAGGAGACUCCUAGUUACCUAGUAGAGAGGCCCGGUUUGCUGAAAGACAAGCACAAGGAAGACGAGAAGAUGUCCGAGAGAAUGAUGAAGAAAGACACCCAGUCACCUGACCAGGUAAAGUCUGAGAAGCUCAAAGAACUCUUUGAUUAUAGCCCCCCUCUGCACAAGAAUCUGGACGCCAGAGAAAAAUCGACGUUCAGGGAGGAGAGCCCCCUUAGGAUCAAAAUGAUAGCCAGCGACUCUCACCGGCCGGAAGUGAAACUUAAAAUGGCCCCGGUGCCACUCGACGAUUCCAACAGGCCCUUGACUAAAGACAGGCUGCUUGCUAGCACACUUGUCCAUUCGGUCAAGAAGGAGCAAGAGUUCCGGUCCAUCUUUGACCACAUUAAGCUCCCGCAAGCCAGCAAAAGCACAUCAGAGUCAUUUAUUCAGCACAUUGUGUCCUUAGUUCAUCAUGUCAAAGAACAAUAUUUCAAGUCAGCUGCCAUGACCCUAAGUGAGAGGUUCACUGCAUAUCAGAAGGCUACUGAAGAACAUACCGCCCGGCAAAAGAGCCCGGAAAUUCACAGGAGGAUUGACAUCUCCCCAAGUGCCCUGAGGAAGCACACCCGUUUAGCGGGGGAAGAGAGAGCCUUUAAAGAAGACGCUCAGAAAGGAGAUAAAAAAUUAAAGUGUGACACGGCCGAUCUUCGACACGACAUCGACCGUCGCCGAAAAGAAAGAAGUAAAGAACGAGGAGACUCUAAAGGUUCCCGGGAAUCCAGCGGAUCCAGAACGCAGGAGAAAAUUUCAAAAGAUUACAAGGAGUAUAAAACUUUCAAGGAGGACAGUAAACAAAAAAGAGAGCCAGACCGUUCUCGAUCUUCCUCAACUUCCUCCCCAUCUUCCUCUUCAUCCAGUUCCCGAGAAGAGAAAGAAUGCAAGAAAGAACGAGACGAAGAGUUUAAGCCUCAUCACGAACAAAAAGAAUACCCUGGCUUUACAGGAGUCGGAAGACCCAGAGGAACUUUCUUUCGAAUUAGGGGCAGAGGAAGAGCCAGAGGUGUGUUUGCUGGAAUAAAUACUGGUCCCAGUAACUCAAAUCCCGCUUUUCAAAAGAGACCGAAGGAGGAAGAAUGGGAUCCUGAAUAUACCCCCAAAAGCAAGAAGUACUUCUUGCAUGAUGAUAGAGAUGACGGCGUGGAUUACUGGGCCAAAAGAGGAAGAGGCCGGGGCAUUUUCCAGCGUGGCCGAGGAAGAUUUAACUUCAAAAAAUCAGGUAGCAGCCCAAAGUGGACUCAUGACAAAUAUCAAGGGGAUGGGCUUGUGGAAGAAGAAGAAGAAACAAUGGAAAGCGAAGACAAAGAGAGGCGCAAGGAAGAAAAGGAAUAACUCUGAAGACCCAUUCCAACGGAAACUUGUGCGCCAUCCACACCGCAUUUUUAAUAUGACUGUUGUCGUCAAAUGAAUGUAAGCAUUUUACUUCAAUUUUACCGUUGGAGAGUAGUUUAGGUUUUUUGUUUUAAUUCUUUAGUGAUUCACUUAAUAGUAGCCGGUAACAAUUAUACAGAAGCAAGUAGGAAAAAAAAUAUAACGCUGUUUGUCUUGAUCAGUUUUUAAAAACGUCUGCUGUUUGUAUAAGCAGUGUAAUUUUGCUUUGUCCGAAAGAGAUGGUUGAAGCGUUGAGAACUGUACUUCAUUGACCCUCCACAAUUGUGUUUUAUUCUGAAGUCAACCUUAGUCUGCACAUCUAAAUCUUGAGCAGCAUUUUUUAAAAAAAUAAAUCAGUAUUAAAUCUGAACUCUAUGCUGGAGUUAGCAUUUUCCUUAGUUUUAAGUUUGUUUCUGUGGCUUAUGUUUAAAUUGUAGUGUAAUAAUUGCUUGGUCUGAUUUUGGGGGGUGGGGGGGAAAACUGAUAUUUCACUUAACGGUGACCCAGCUGCAUAUAGUUAAUUUUGUCAACGCGUGAAUAGCGCUGAAGGACUAAGGGGUUGCAAUCUGUUUUCACAAAAACGAUUUCUGUUCAGGUUUGGAAACUAUAGUAUAUUCUGUUUUUUUGAAGAGUGGAAGUAGGAGGUAUUUGCAGAGUUGGUGUUGAGAUCGUAUUAAUUAUUUCAUACAUUCACAUUUCUAGACUACGAUGGGAGUUCUCUUCUGAACAGAUCUAGAUCUGACAAGUAGAAUUGUAGCUUAACAGGUGCUACGUUUCUCCGACCGCAUACCCUAACAGCUAAUGGGGAAAUGCCUCAACUUGUUUUUGCAACAGCAUUAAAAAUAGCUUGACCUUCUACCCACUCUUUUCUAACAAGAAGAUCUGUCCUACAUUCCAAAUGCAUGUGCCAUUAGGCGUACAACUGAAAGAGGUAAAAUUGUAGUGAAUAAAAGUUAUCUCUUUAACACAAGCAUGCUUCAAUAUGUUCUUUCAGAAUUUACAUGCAUAAUAAAUAUCGUCUGCUGUAAAACACUAGCUAAUCCAUUUUAAAACAUUUAAGCCGAGUGAAUAAUGAGUGUGAAAUAGCAUUAUUACUGCGGGAACGUGAAGAGGAAGACUCGUUUGUUUUCUGGCGAAAGUGUCGGCCCAGAAGUUCGUGGCCGUUAUCGAUCCAGCUAUUAUGUGUAUAAUUCUUUUCCCCAGAUUGUAAAAUAGUCUGUUUUGUUUUUUUCUGUGGGUUUUCUUUGGUAAAUAACCUGACACGAAAUGGGAUAUCUCCAUCAUGUUUUCGGUCUUCAGUGGAAUAAAAAUAUGAAAAUUCUAAAA